GUCACACUAAAAACAACACGGAAUGGAUCUGAAGAAUAAGAUUUUACAAACUCCGACGGGCAAAAAAUUAUUAUCCGAAUAUCAGUUGAAUUUACUAACAAAAAACAAUAUCGAAACUGUGCUCGACUUCCACGAUGCUGAGAACCAGAAACUGCACAAUCUGCUGGCCAUCAAACUGGAAUCAGUACUAGAGAUUAAGAAGGAGCUGGAUAUGCUGCCAUGGCAGUCGGAGACAUUUGUGGAAACUGUUAAUGAGUUGGACUUUGGAACGGGCAUAGAAGAAUUGGACAAGUUUUUGGACUCCAUUGCGCAGCCGUUCAGGCGAGGCAGAGUCUGGGAAGUCUGUGGCCAGACUGGCGUGGGAAAGACCCAACUAAUGUACACCUUGGCUCUUAAUUUUGUAUGGAAACACAAACGGCAAGUGCUUUUCAUCGAUACCAAGCAAGACUUCUCCACCAAAAGGAUCCAAGACAUGCUGAUGGAGCGUAAAGUGGAUCAGGAAACAAGCGAGAAGGCUAUGGCGGACAUUCACGUGGUAGAAGUCCUUACAUCAGAGGAGCUCAUUGAAGUACUUAAAGCCUUCGAUCAGCAAAUGACUGACGAUGUCCAGGCUGCAUUAAAAACAAAAGUCGUUGUGGUCGACUCCCUGGCCGCUUGCUUUGUGGACCACCGAGGCAGGGAAAUGCGAAGAACGAGGGAUUCCCUCCUGACAGAGGUUGCAUGCAGAGUGAGGAAGUUAGCUGUGAGGGGCGUGGCUUUUGUCAUCGGCAACAUAUCGUUCUCUCAGGAUUCAGAUAAUUGUGACGAUGACGGCUUAGAGGAUGGCAACAGUGAUGGGUCUACGCGGCAGCCGAAUAAACCAAUGCUAGGCUCAUAUUGGAGUUCCGUGUGUACGCUGAGAUUGUCGCUGGAGCUACCGGAGAGUACAGACUGCGGCGACAGCUGCGAUGACGACGGCCUCCGAAUGGUAAAUGUAAUGACGAACACCUAUGGUCCUGCGGGAGACACUUGCUUGCUACGGAUCACAGAUGCUGGACUGGUUUAACGGCGGCCAGACGGGUGUUGCUUCUGGUACGACUUCAUUACUCGUUUGCCUGGCUCCAAGCCAUCACCCAGGCCGGGACGUUUGCGCGUGUUGGUAUUUCCAGUAUCUUUCACCACCUGGACUGCCUGGACUGGCUCAAAACUAUUUUUUGGAGGAGUCUCUUCCGUCAUCGCCAAAUCAGAGUCAUGGGCGUAUUGGCAGCUUGUUCCAAAACGACAUCGUCCUUUCCUGAAGUUCCAGCAUAUCUUGCGUCCAUUCUUCAGCUGCAAAUGUGUGUCGUUGUUGACCAUUUUAACGUGCCGCUCCAGGGACGCUGUCUUUUGCAGCUCCGCCUCUAGAAAUGGAUUGGAGAACACCUCGCCCGUCUUCUUGGCGCCUGCUUGGCCCAGCGCCUGGUUCGCGCUCGGCAACUUUGGCGGCAGCUUCUCGGUUGGCGGCGUGCUGUACGAGGUUUUUGUUAUUUUUCUUCCCAUAUACAUAUGUCAUAGAAUCUUGUUACCCAUUUAUCUGUUCGCUUUCGGAUUCUUUGCUGCUAUCCUCGUCGGAUUCGGAGGAGUCGCUAUAAUCUGCCACAAGCGACAUUGUUUGCCGACAUUGACAGC